AUGAACCAGAACAUUCUCCUUGUGCCGCUUCUCUGGCUGCUGGUGACAGUAGUUCCCAGUCACGCCGCCACACUCCCCAUGUCACGGUCCGCCUUUGCUUACAUCCCCAAUACACCAUCGCAUGCUGCCACCAUCUCUGAUAAGAACGAACAACCGCCUGUAUCCUACAUCUUCCCCAGAUCCAUGUCUCCAAGCUCAGCUCUUACCUUAACGCUCGGUCUUACCAUCGGCCUCGGCCUUGGUGUCGUUCUUCUCUUCGUUGUUGGCAUUCUGUUCCGAAUGGCCAUCACUCGUCGGAGACGGGACGAAGCGGUGGCAAGGGCAGUGGAAGCAUCCGAGGCCAGGAACACUGAUGCACUAGCAAGUGGCGCCGUGAUGGGUGAACUGGAAGCGAAUAAGUCAUGUAAUCAGGCUACAUAUCAAGCACCGACGAAUGGGCCGUUCCAAGCAGCAUCAAGUGAGGUGUAUGAGGCACCGCAGAAUCAACGAUAUGAGCUGGCAUGA